UGCUACCCUGCAAUUCCCUCCACAGCUUUAAAAGAGGUGGCAAAUGCUUCUUCGUGUGCCAGAUGACUGUUUUCGCACCUUUUGCACCUUCUGUGUCAGAGAGGAACAACUACCCCAAAGCGCGCGCGGCGACAACUAAGUAACCAAUCUGCCGAUGCUGCCCUAAAACGACUCCUUUUGAGUUUCAUUCAUUUCCCGGAUAAGUUGACGUGCAUCCCCGUGAAGUUGCCUAUUUGGUUGUCUCUUGGCUUUGAUCUGCUGGCCAAGGAUGGUGUCGGACCUCAGGAGCGCAUUUCGCGCCUCAGUUUUACUGGCAUGUGUGAUAAUCUGCAGCAGCGUGCUAUGUCCCGUCGGUGCCUAUCUGUACAACAACCGCUACGCAGGGGAUCAGGUCUUCAGGAUCACUCCGAGUGAUGCUGAGGAGGUCCAAACGCUCAAGAGAAUUCUGGGACAUAUGAAGGUGGACCUUUGGCAGCCCAACAGUGCUACUCUCAUCAAACAAAACGCCACAGUGGACGUCCAUGUGAAACGCAACAGCACUCGAGGUUUACAUGCACGCUUAAAGCUCGAGCAUAUGGACUAUCGGGUCUUUAUCUCCAAUCUACAGAGUGAAAUUGAGAAGCAGACAGGAUACCGCUCGUCUCGCAGGCGGAGGUCAGAGUCUCAGUAUGACUACGAGGUGUACCACUCUCUGGAAGAGAUCCAGAGAUGGAUGUUUGAUGUGAACAGAACCCACUCAGACCUGGUUGACAUGUUCUCCAUCGGGAAGUCGUACGAGGGAAGGCCGCUAUAUGUGCUUCAGAUAGGAAAGAGAAGUCGUCAUCAGAAGAAAGCUGUGUGGAUCGACUGCGGCGUCCAUGCCAGAGAGUGGAUAGGACCUGCCUUCUGCCAGUGGUUUGUCAAAGAGGCUGUCAACUCGUAUCAGUAUGACUCUGUGAUGAGACGGCUGCUCAACCAGCUCAGCUUCUACAUCAUGCCCGUCCUCAAUGUGGAUGGAUAUCAUUUCAGCUGGACCACGGAUCGGUUCUGGAGGAAAACGAGGUCCCGAAAUCACAAGUUCCACUGCCGAGGGACGGAUGCUAACAGAAACUGGAAGGUGAAAUGGUGUGAGGAAGGAGCCUCCUCUCAUCCCUGUGACGACACCUACUGCGGGCCGUUCCCCGAGUCUGAACCCGAAGUCAAGGCCGUUGCUAAGUUCUUGCGCAAGCACAAGAAACAUGUCAAAGCCUACAUAUCCAUCCACGCCUACGCCCAAAUGCUGCUCUACCCCUAUUCCUACAAGUACGCCACUAUCCCCAACUUCAGCUGUGUGGAGUCAGCAGCUCAAAAUGCAGUGACAGCCCUCUACUCUGCUUAUGGAGUAAGGUACAGAUAUGGACCUGCAUCCACGACUCUGUAUGUGAGUUCGGGCAGCUCCAUAGAUUGGGCGUACAGAAACGGGAUCCCGUACACAUUCGCGUUUGAGCUGAGGGACACGGGAUACUUCGGCUUCCUCCUGCCUGAAUCUCUGAUCAACCCGACCUGCACCGAGACUAUGAGGGCCGUAAAGGCCAUCGCAUCAGGUCUGCUGAAGAAGUGCGAGACAGACAAGGACCGAUUUCCAUAUAUAUGACCGCGCUGCCACUCACCGGUCACUUAUCUCAACACCUCAUAUCCCUCAGAGAUUUCAUAUUCCCCCCCCCCCACAAGAUAUUAUCAGAUGAGAACAACCAGCAAAGCAUGGAUUUUAAUCUGCUUUCCUUGUUUUUUGAGGUUGUUCACCUUAUUUUCCUUUUCUGAUAAGAUGCCUUUGGCAGAUAUGAACUAGUGGUGGGGUUUUUUGUGUUGAACCAUGUAUCCUAUGUGUGACCAUCCUGUUUAUAUACGUAAAGAUCCCACAAACAGAGUCAGAGAGCAGUGGAGCGUUUAUGUGUCCCAUGCAAUAUCUGUGUUGCUCUCUGUUUUAAAAACAUGAAAAAUGUAGUUUAGUUUUCACACUUUAAGCUUCCUUAAGUAAAUAAUGGUCAUGUGAGCACUUGUAAUAAUACAACAGCACUUUUCUUUUUUUUUUAAAGAAACAGCUACGAAUUAUAAUAUCAUGUUUAAAAGCCUCGACACAUGAACUGUUUUUGAUUAAUACAACCCUUUAUCUCUAUCCACAGAUGCUUUUUUAUUUUAAAAUUAGCCUUACCCAUGUGCCAGAAUAGAUUUCAGACUAUAAUGUUAAAUGUAUUAAUGCCCUUUUACUGCAACCAUUCUGGAUUUUGAAUAUGCUAGCACAAGACAAUCGUGGGUUUAGUGACGUUUUUGUAUUGUUUUUAUUUUGUUACAUUUUUUCAUACUGAAAUUGGGGAACUGCCCCAUCACUUCAGUAACUUACUGUGUCAUCAUUACUCAGGUAUGGAUCAGUGACAGAGUCAGAAACGUUUACUUUUGACUGGUUAUUUCCUUUUUGUGACAUUCUAACAACUGUAUUUGAUCUGACUUCAUGAAUAAAGAUCAAUAUUGUCAUUUUUAA